AUGCCCAUCUUGUACCUCGCAUCCUAUCUCGAAAGUCCCAGUGGAGCCAAAUGUGCCGCGAGAACUGACGAAGAGGACUUGAUACCCGCGCGCCGCGAAAAUACGGGCGUUGAUCAGGGAAAAGAAGAAAGCGCGCCCGUAGGGUCCUCUUACAAGAAUGGUACCCAGAGGAUCUCGACUAGGUCGGUAAAGGUCGCAAGCAAGGACGGCACCAUCAGGAAGAGGGAUCUUGAGAGGUUGAGUGGUGUAUCCACCCGCUUCGGAGGGCAGGCCGAGGGCCCACCCUACGGCCCGGUCCAGCAAGGCGGCCCAUAA